AUUCUAUGGGGCGAUCAUUCUCUGAAUUCUGCGAGCUGUGUGCAGGUCUGUCCAAAUUCGAGGCCGGUGCGCGAUGGAUGUGAGCGCACACAUAGAUAUGGGGGCAGUCUGAAGCAGGGCAUGAAUGUGGCCACGCCAGGGUUCAUUUCGAGUCGAGAUGGGUCGAAUGUCUUUCUCCACUGACGAGUUUGCCAGAGCGAACUCGUCAGAAGCCCGACUGCCUGCUUCCUCUCGCCUGCGGACGAAAUGUCGAGAGCGCGAUGUCCAAAGGGAUCAUUUCGAGGACAAGUGUGGCUACGAUUGUCUGUUCAUUUUGAGCCCUCAUGAACCGUUUCUGAUUCGGGCUUGUCGAGUUCCCUCGUGCAAACUUGCCAGACAUCUCCAGGUUCUACACCCUCAUCCGCCCCGAUCUACCGUCCACCUCAAAUUCUGCCAACAUGCUGCACAAGGUCACAUACCUUCCGUCUACAUCGGAGCACACUUUACUUCUGAGGUGAUGGCGAGGUUUGAACUGCCAGUGGAGUUCAAAACCCAAACUACAUACUACGAUGAAACUUUGAUAUUGCAAUUUCGAGUUUGUCAUUGACUGAUCUCUAUGAGCCAUCCACAUGGUUAAUAAAUAUCUCGACAUACAGUACUGUACUCCACACUUCAUUACACCCGCUAGAGCUUUACAUACACUCAUAUUGGAUCCGCAUAAUCCUAGUUCCUCUAGGUAUGGUUUAUAAUCCGGUGAAUCUUGGCCUAUUAUGGUCUUUUGACUAGAUCAAAUGUCUUCAUUUACAC